UUUAGGUUUAUUUCUUUUUUGAUUAUAAAACCGAAAAUGGACGAUUUACUUGAUAGUAUUGAUGACUCAGAAGACCAACAACCAGCUCCAUCAUCAAUGACUUUACUUGAACAACGUAAACAAAACGAAGCUAGAGCAUUUUCUCAAGGAUUAUUACAAAGUAUGGCUGGUGGAAGUAAUGCUGCUAGUUCUUCUGGUGGUAAAAGAUCUUCUGAAAUUAUUCAGUCUACAACUGAUGAGUUUAUGGAAGAAGGACCUUCCUCUUCUAAAAAGAUUAAAGAUGAAGUGGAGGAAGUGGAGGAUAUUGAUCAAUCACUUUUGAGAGGUCCUGCAAUACGUACUUAUAUGGUUAAAGCUGAAAAUAAUUGCACUCACGAGGUUGUAAUUCCUGAAGAUUUUGAAUAUUCUGGUUUGAGAACAAUUACUGGGGAUCCUGCAAAAACUUAUGAAUUUAAAUUGGAUAUGUUCCAAAAGCAAGCAAUUACUUGCCUAGAUAAUAAACAUUCGGUACUUGUUUCUGCUCACACUUCUGCAGGAAAAACUGUUGUUGCUCUUUAUGCAAUUGCUUUAGCACUUCGAGAUAAACAGCGUGUUAUAUAUACAUCUCCAAUCAAAGCUUUGAGUAAUCAAAAGUAUCGAGAAUUAGCUGAGGAAUUUGAGGAUGUUGGAUUGAUGACUGGGGAUGUAACGUUAAAUCCAAAUGCUUCUUGUAUUGUUAUGACAACAGAAAUUUUACGUUCAAUGCUUUAUAGAGGUUCUGAAAUUACUCGCGAAAUUGGAUGGGUAAUUUUUGAUGAAAUUCAUUAUAUGCGUGAUAAAGAACGUGGAGUUGUCUGGGAAGAGACUUUAAUUUUAAUGCAAGACACAACUCAUUUUGUUUUUCUUUCUGCAACAAUACCUAAUGCUAAGGAAUUUGCAAAGUGGAUUUGUUAUCUUCAUCAUCAACCUUGUCACGUUGUUUACACGGAUACUCGACCUGUUCCUCUUCAACAUUUAAUUUUUCCAUGUGGUGCAGAUGGGUUAUAUGAAGUUGUUGAUAUAAAAGGAAAUUUCAAACAAGAUAAUUUUCAAAAAGCUAUGAAUUUUCUUGUCGAUUCACAACCACUUGGUGAUAAUGUUGAUAAUGCUGCAGGUCCACCAAGGCGUAGUAUUGCCGGUGGUGGAGGUGAUCCACUCAACAAAAGUGUUUUGAAAAUUAUUAGAACAAUUCAUGAACGUGAUAUGCUUCCUUGCAUUAUAUUCUCUUUUAGUCGAAAAGAAUGUGAAAUGUAUGCAACAAAAGUUAAACAAAUGGAUUUUAAUUCAGAAGAAGAAAAGCGUGCUGUUAGUCUUAUUUUUGACAAUGCUAUUGAUUUACUUGCUGAUGAAGACAAAAAACUACCUCAAAUUAAAAAUGUUUUGCCCUAUUUGUUAAGAGGGAUUGGUAUUCACCAUUCUGGUCAAUUACCUAUAAUGAAGGAAAUUGUUGAGAUUUUGUUUGGUGAAGGACUUAUUAAGACCCUUUUUGCAACUGAAACUUUUGCUAUGGGUGUUAAUAUGCCAGCGAAAACUGUACUUUUUACUUCUGCACGUAAAUUUGAUGGAACAGUAAAUCGUUGGAUAAGUGGUGGUGAAUAUAUUCAAAUGAGUGGGCGGGCAGGGCGACGUGGCAAAGACGAUCGUGGCUUGGUUAUUCUUAUGUUGGAUACACAAAUGAGUGCAGAUCAAGCUAUGCAUUUGCUUAAGGGUAACAGCGAUCCGCUUAAUUCACAAUUUCGUCUAACUUACAAUAUGGUACUUAAUUUGUUCCGUGUUCCUGAAAUCAAUCCACAAUAUAUGUUGGAGAAGUCCUUUUAUCAAUUCCAGAAUUAUGCCGCUAUACCAAAUCUCAGACAAGGUUUUCACUUAUAUUUUUGUCAAAUAUUUUUUAUCGAUCCAUUAGCAAUGCGCGAGAAACAUGCUUUACUUAUGGAUGCUCGUGUUAGUCAUGAGAUGGAAAUUGAGGCUUAUUAUAAUAUUGAAAAGCGUAUUCAACAAUUACAACAGUCAAUUAAAUCUAAAAUUUUGAAGCCCUCUAAAGUUGUGCCGUUUUUUCAGCCUGGACGUUUAUUAAAGAUGAAACAUUUUGACAAAGAUUAUGAUUGGACAGUUUUGAUAAAUUGGCGCAAAACACCAAAUCCAUUGGAUCCUACCUCACCUGAACUUAUAUAUAUUGUUGAGGUAGCUGUUCUAGUGAGUAAAGAAAGUGAACGACAUUUGCCUAAUCUCGCCCUUCUUAAGCCGCCAGAUUUGCGUGAACAAGGGGUCAUCUGCGUUAUACCUUUUACUUUUGAAUGUAUAUCUGCAAUAAGUACGAUUAGAUUGAAAGUUCCACAGGAAUUGAAAAGCAAGGAAGCAAGAGAUGCAUUAGCAAUUACUUUGGCGGAAACCAAAAAACGCUUUAGCAAUUUAAUUCCCGAACUUGAUCCAAUUGAACAUAUGGGAAUAUCUGACCCACAAGUAAAGAAGGAAAUUGAAUUAUUGUUUACUCAUGAACAGAGAUACAAGGAUCAUCCUUUAAAGGGACGUCCAGAUUUUGAUCAAAUUUACAGUGCAUAUAUGAGGAAAUUAAAAUUAGAAGAGGAAUAUAAAGAAGCAAAAAAUAAAUCUGAAAACAGUCGAAAGUUAUUACAAAUGGAUGAAUUACAAUGCAGAAAACGUGUGCUUAGACGUCUUGGUUAUGCUAAUGAAGAAGAUACAAUAACCGAUAAAGGCCGUGUUGCUUGCGAAUUAAGUUCAGCUGAUGAAUUAUUAUUGACAGAAAUGUUAUUUACUGGGGCAUUUGCUUCAAUGGAAGCUGAAGAAGCUGCUGCUUUGCUUACUUGUUUUGUAUUUGAAGAGAAAGCCCCAACAUUAAGAUUACCAGAAAACCUCAGCAGUGCUUUAAGGAAUUUACAAAGUAAUGCAAAGAAAAUUGCAAAAGUUUGUAUUGAAUCAAAGCUUGAAUUGGAUGAAGAAAAAUAUGUUGAACAGUUUAGCCCUGGAAUGAUGGAUGUUGUUUACAAUUGGUGUUUGGGCUCUUCUUUUGCACAAAUAAUGGAAAAUACACAACUUUUUGAAGGAAGUAUUAUUCGCUGUAUGCGUCGUUUAGACGAACUUUUACAUGAAAUGAUAGGCGCUUCUAGAUCGUUACAAGAUGACUCUCUUGUUGAAAAGUUUGAGAAGGCUAGAAAUUUGUUGAAACGUGAUAUUGUUUUUUCUGCAUCUUUAUAUCUUUGAGUUGGACUAUU